UUUGAUGACUUUCUUCAAGAUUUAUAUUUCAAAUUUUCAAAUUUUCAAACUUGAAUUUCAGUUUACCUUCUUAUUUUUUAAAAAAUAUUUUCUGAUUAUUUUUUACUCACAAAAAAUGAUUUUAGCUCUCAGUUAGAUUUUUAGUUGAAACCUAUGUCAUUUUAAAAAGGACCUUCAAAAUAGGAUACUUAACUCGAUCUAAAAAAUUUCUCUGCUCUAUCUCAUUUCCUUAUACUAUUUCUAACGUUUUUAUAUGUUAAAGUGUAGAGCUACAUGAUCUUUUUUUUUGUUAUUUUAUUAACCUUGAAGGAAAAAAUCAUCCAAACUUCUGACUAGUGAGUUGUUAACGUGUUUAAUUAAUAUUUUCAACUCUGGAGGUUCGAUUGCAAAAUCAUAAAAAGUACGCAAAAAUCCCAAUUUGACGGGCCUCUAAAGUUGGAAAAAAUGCACAAAAAAAAUUUAAAAUCGACUUUUUCCUAGUUCAAAAUGCCUCUCUUCCGCUAAUUUAUUUGUAGUGUCCCAUUUAGAAGGUCCUCUUUCAAAUGACAUAGGCUUCAUUUGGAAGUUUAAUUAUGAGCCGAAAAACUUCCCUUGUUAAGCUUUUUAGAAUGUCCACUCGCUUUGAUGUGGUUGUCUAUGGAGCAACUGGUUUCACUGGUACAUUUAUUGUUGAACGUAUGAUAAAAUCACAGUUUUUCGAUGAUUUAUCAAUUGCGGUUGCUGGAAGGAAUGAGAAGAAGCUCAGAGAGGUGUUGAGAAUUGUUGGAGAGAAAACUGGUACGCUUAAAUAUUUUUUUUUCUGAAUAUUACCAAUUUUUAAAUAUAAACCGACUUUUGUUGAAAAGAAAUAAUAGCUUUAAAGGUGGAGUAGCUCCAGUGGGGAUUUAUUUUAAAUACAUUUAUAAUAAACUGAUAUAUCCAAACAUCAUAAUAAAAAACUCCAAAAAUUUUUAGAUAUUUUACAAUUCCCGGUUAAAGUUUUGGCAAAUUGGAAUAAUUUUGAAAAAUAUCAGGUUUUGAGUAAAUUCAUAGCAAUGUCCCAUGUUUCGACCCCAACAAUGUUUUAAUGCAAAUAAUUAAAACAUAAUUACAGUAUAAGAAAGUAGAAAAAACAAAAGUUUUUUGGUCGACUUCCAAAAUUAUGUCACUUUUUGUCAGUAAAUAAAAAAAAGUUCAAAAAAUUUUUUAAAAGUUUUAUUGUGAUAUCCCGUCCUUUUUUUUACCGCAGGAGUAGUUUUAAACAUUUUCCCCUCUGGUGUUACUUCACCUCUAAAAACGCUUUGAGUGACCUGAACCACGUGGAAUCAUUUGUUCAACUGCAUAGUGGACCGAUGGGGUACUCGCUUAACACUGGAACCUAUGAAACUGUACUCUUGGCAGUGAGUAAUGAAAAUGAAAAUAAAAUGAAAGAAAUUAGAAAGUCUACAAUGCCAAACGACAUUGAGAAUGGAACAGUUAUUCCACCGCGUCGAGGAGUUGUCUGGAAAAUUGAAGAAAAAGAGCUUCAAGGCUUUGCCAUCCCAUUCCCUGGUGCUGAUCUAUCAGUGAUGGUCCGGAGUCAAUAUUAUGAUGCGACUGUUCGAAAAUCUCGUCCUGUUCAUCUUUCUAGUUACUUUCAACUUGACACUCGAUUCAAGACGUAUCGCCUGAUUCUCUGGGGUGCUAUCACGCGCGCCUUUGCUCUUGCUUCAUUCACUCGCCGAAUCCUUUUGAAAUACCCGGAUCAGUGCAGUUUCCGAAUGUUCAAGAAAUCGGGUCCAAGUGCUCAACAAAUUGCUGAAGCGUCAUUCACGUAUUGGUUCUUUGGAUAUGGAUACAAGGAGACUAUUCCACUGGAUCAGCAGCACGAGAGAAAAGUCGAUAGAAAAGUGGUGGCUACUUGUAAGGGACCAGAUCUCGCAUAUAUGGCAGCUAGUGGUUGUGUUCUUUCCGCUGCACUAGCAUUGGUUAAAGAUAAGAACAACCUGCCAAAGGAAGGAGGCGUCUACACUCCAGCCGCUGCUUUUGGAGACUCCAAGAUAUACGAUUACCUGGCAACCUUUGGAAUUAAUUUUCAUUUGGAAUCUGAAUACGAUCUCUAACCUUACUUUGUUUUCUUUGCCAUCGUUUACUCUUUUUAUAUUUCCGUUAAAAAUCAUUCAUUAAUUUAAACUCAACAUCAUGCAA